AUGGGGAGGGCGGUUAUUGAGAGGCAGGAAUUGGGGGGAUCCUGAGCUCGGGGCGAGGAACGAGGUAACCGUGCGCCAAGUGAGGGAGGCGGGGAAGGAAGACCUGUUGGGAACCGGUAGUUACCAGGAUGCUCCGAUGUCGGGAGGUCAAUAGGACAUUUGGGGGGUGAGUUGAGUGAAAACUGAUGGUGGAGCGGUGGACGCGGGGAACUGGACGCUGGAGGGAAGGUGGAGGGCGUUCGUUUGGUGGGAAUCCCCGUGGAGUCGAGGCUGGAAGAGGAAGGGUGGCGAUGCCCCGGCCGCACCUGGAGGGGAGUGUGCAGCUCGGAGCGGGCUGCCAGGGGGGAAGGUGGAAGCAUUAAAGUGUGAGACCUGGGCAGUGUGUGUGGUGGAGUUCUGAUCAGGAAGGAACGUUCUUAAAAGAUAACACAGCGGUGACGAACUGGAAGGACUGGUGUGGACUGCAGUUCGGAAUUUUAAAGGGAUUGGAAUAAUCUGUGACGGCUUUGGCUCUCCCAAGACCCACCUCCUUUGUCACGCUGUUGUUUUUUGCCUUACAAUUUCUGUUUCUGAAUGACCUCCUGAGUGCUUUUGGUGUUUUGUUUGUUUGUUUGUUUCCUCCUUUUACAAACCGCAAAAGAACCCGCAGGGAAUAAGGACUGUUCUAGCACACCUAUGGAUUUACUCAGUAACUUUGAGGCAAAUUGUUAAACCGUCUCAUUUUUUUCCCCCCUUUGAAAUAUAGGUUUGGUCCCUCACGGCUCCUAAAAGAUUGUGUUAGCCAAAUGAGAUCUUUAUUUUUUAAAAUUUUACUUACUGAUUUUAGAAAGAGAGCAAGGAGAGAGAGGAAAACACCAAUUCCACUUAUUUAUGCAUUCAGUGGUUGCUAUGCUUGUAUGUGCCCUGACCAGGGCUUGAACCCACAACCUUGGCAUAGGUGUAUGACGCUCUGACCAACUGAGCUACCAGGUCCGGGCUCCCAAGUGGGACCCUUAGUGGUUCUAAAGAAGUGGUCUCUGAAAACAAGGUUGAGAUGCUGCUAUUGAGAAGACACGACUUUCUGGGUUUCUUCCUCCCAGCCCUCCUGCAUUUCUAUGCUGGGGAAGAGUUGGUGAUUUGAUACAUGCCCCCCUCACCCCCCCCUCCUUUUUUUUUUAACUUUUCUCCUCAACUUUCAGUAGCCAUGAAUUUCAUAUUAUUGUAUUACAUUGUAUUGGCUGCCAUCAAGAUAGAGCUAGGGAAGUUAGAGUUAGGGUGAAUGAGGUCUGUUGAUGGAGAAUAGGGGAGAAUGCAGUCUAGCCACCCAGAAUAGUUUACUCUUUAAAAAUUUUUCCCCCCAUUUCUCAAUUACUUUGGUCUUGACAAACACUGAUUUUCCUCAUGAUGUCUUUGAAAAUUCACGGAAGUGUAAUAUUUUAGACCGUUGAGCCUUUUGUUUUGGUCCAUUCGCUUUGGCCCUGUUGCCAGUUGGUGGAGACCAGUGUGCUUGUGGACAGUUUUAACUUUACUGUUAAUCCUUUGAAAUCUUGACUGUUUUAGCUGUUCCUUUGGGCAUAAUACCCUACAUACUUUGCCCAUAGGUGAACUUGUUUAGUGUAGAAGUAUUCCUGAAAGUCUUGGCAUUUCUGAAGUCUGACAUGGAUUUGUUUAAGGGUGGCAGUUCCCAAUUCUCCCUUACACCUGAUAUCAGAGCAGUGUUUACUUAGCUAAUACUGAUUAGUUAUGUUAUGUCAGCACAAAGGGGAAAUGCCGGGGAAGGGGGAAGGUGUUGAGAACAGUGGAAUUUUCAGAUUUUACUUUUAAGAAGGGAAGAGAGAAAUCCUAUUCCUAUUAAAGAGAAAAUUGUUAGGUGUUCUUUUUUGACCUCUUGAGCUCUUUGAUAGUCACCAAGUGUACUUGACUCUUUUUUCCUAUUGCUCUUGAAGUAAUUCUGAAAUUUGUGACUUGCUGGUUCAGGCUGUUUCAGCAAACCAUAGUCUUCAUACUAACUCCAGGAAGAGCUGCAUGCUAUGAAGUAUGUACACUUAUUUGGGAGUAAAAACCUACUUAAUAUUUUGCUGUCAUUUCAACCUACAGUGUGUCUUUUGGUUUGUUUUUAGGAAGGUUUUGAAAUAAGUUAUAGAGGCUCAGAGCUUUGGGAAGGCUAAUUGAUUUCAGAGAGAAAGGGAGAGGAAGAGAGAGAUAGAAACAUCAAUGAUGAGAGAGAAUCACUGAUUGGCUGCCUCUGGAAUGCCCCUCACCGGGGAUCAAGCCCUCAACCCGGGCAUGUGUUCUUGACAGGAAUCGAACCCGGGACCCUUCAGGCCACAGGCCGAUGCUCUAUCCACUGAGCCAAACUGGCUGGGGCAGAAGGCUUUUAAUAUAGCCUGCUUGUUUAACCUAAUGAUUUCCCAUUUUUUCCUGUCCUGUUAUGUUUUUCCAUUGCUCUACUUGAGCCAGUCCUAAGUGGAAAUGGCAAAUUACAUAUUUUUCCCCUCCUUUUUAGUCUCUGGUGGACUUCUUGUCUGUGUCACAGUUUGAUACCACCAAAUUGAAAGGAUUCUUGAUUUCUUCAAAUGGGGUGGGUGACAGAAGCUGAGCGGGUUUCCUGGGCCAGAGAAUGGAUUAUGUCAAAGCAAAGAAUAGUUGCAGAAACACAAACCGGCAUCUUGAAGCUGUGACUAACAUUUUGGCAACAUACUUCCCUUUGCCAAAUAACUUCUUUUCUUCUUGAGUGUGAUUGUUGAUCUCCUUCUCAAAGUAGGCUCUUGUUGCUACUGUUCUUCACACAACUCCCAGCAGAAGUUGGCAGAGUUCCAGCUGACUGUCUCUAGAGGGAUGUGCCCCGGAUUAGAGUAGAUGGCGUGUUCCAUGUCAAAAUGAGGUUUAUUGGCAGAUCCUGAGAACUGCUCUGCAAGGAAAUAGAGGCAGUACUCUUCACUGAAUGUGUAUAUGAGUGACCUAAAGCUGCAAAUUAAAACGGAGAGAGAGCAGUGCCAACUGCGAGCUGGGCAAGAAUGCCAAUUCCUCCUCCCCCUCCACCCCCUCCUGGUCCUCCUCCACCUCCCACUUUUAAUCAGGGAAACACAGAGCAGAUCAAGCUGAGUAGAGAUGAGCAGCGGGGUCGAGGUGCCCUCUUACAGGACAUCUGCAAAGGGACCAAGCUGAAGAAGGUGACCAACAUUAAUGAUCGGAGUGCUCCCGUCAUAGAGAAACCCAAAGGAAGCGGUGGUGGUUAUGGCUCUGGAGCAGGUGCCCUGCAGCCCAAGGGCGGUCUCUUCCAAGGAGGAGUGCCGAAGCUCCGCCAUGUGGGAGCUAAGGACGUUUCAGAGAACCUAGCUGGUAAGCCAGCCCUGCAAGUUCCCAGUUCUCGAGCUGCUGCCCCAAGGCCUCCAGGGUCUACAGCCAGUGGGCGCCCUCAAGAUGAUACCGACAGCGGCCGAGCCUCACUCCCAGAACUGCCCCGGAUGCAGAGACCUUCAUUACCGGACCUCUCUCGGCCUAUCACCACCAGCAGUCCGGGCAUGAAGCACAGCUCCUCUGCCCCUCCUCCGCCACCACCAGGGCGGCGUGCCAACGCACCCCCUGCACCUCUGCCUAUGCACAGCAACAAAGCCCCAGCCUACAACAGAGAGAAACCCUUGCCACCCACACCCGGACAAAGGCUUCACCCUGGUCGAGAUGGCCCUCCUGCUCCACCCCCAGUCAAACCACCUCCUUCCCCUGUGAAUAUCAGAACGGGACCAAGUGGCCAGUCUCUGGCUCCUCCUCCUCCGCCUUACCGCCAGCCUCCAGGGGUCCCCAAUGGACCCUCUAGUCCCACUAACGAGUCAGCCCCUGAGCUGCCACAGAGACACAAUUCUUUGCAUAGGAAGACACCAGGGCCUGUCAGAGGCCUAGCACCUCCUCCACCUACUUCAGUCUCUCCUUCUUUACAGAGUAAUAGGCCACCUCCCCCAGCCCGAGACCCUCCCAGUCGGGGAGCAGCUCCUCCACCCCCGCCACCCAUGAUCCGAAAUGGUGCCAGGGAUGCUCCCCCUCCCCCACCACCAUACCGACACGGGUCAGAACCUCUGAGCCGAGGAAAGCCCCCACCCCCGCCCUCAAGGACGCCAGCUGGGCCACCACCUCCUCCUCCUCCACCCUUGAGGAAUGGCCACAGAGAUUCUAUUACCACUGUUCGAUCUUUCUUGGAUGAUUUUGAGUCAAAGUAUUCUUUCCAUCCAGUAGAAGACUUUCCUGCUCCAGAGGAAUAUAAACACUUUCAGAGAGUAUAUCCCAGCAAAACAAACCGAGCUGCCCGUGGAGCCCCACCUCUGCCACCCAUUCUCAGGUGAAGCCUGGCUUGGUCCUGUUCCUCAGGAAAAGGAUGGACCCUCUCCUCCUCUCAGAUGGUCCCUCCCAUUCCCCUGAAACCUGCAUGAGAACUCCUGACGUGUUUCUCCAGUGCAACCAACCUCUAGACUCCAAGCAUCCUCCCAGCUCGCCUCCAUCUAUGCAUCUCGUCUUCUGGACUUGGUGAUUGGACUCUAUAUUGACAGUAGGGUCUCAAACCCUGCGUCCAUCCCUCCUCUAGCAAUCCCUGCUAACCAGAUGAGGAAACAGCUUCCAAGUCGCCUGCUUUCCUCGUGGGGAAAGGUGCCUUGUUGUGAUGAAUUAACUCAUUGUUGGGGCAGGGCGGAGAAUGGUACUCCUACCUCCUCCUACCCACUUUGGGGGAAGCGUGGCAGGUAUAUUUCAUCAUUUAGGAAGCUGACAUGGCUGGCCAGGACUUGGGGGUUGGGGACAUUUUUAGUGAAACAAGAAAGGAGUUUGCAGAGAAGUGAUCUGUUUUAAAGGUCAAGUUUGGAGAAAGGACAAGGGAGUGGGUCUGCUUUAUUUUCAGGGGCAUUUUGGUUUUGCUCUUACCCUACCCCAUAUCCUCACUCCAGGGAUAACUUGGAUAUAAACACUAAAUACUAAUCAGUUGAACUAAACAGCUAAUAAAAAGGGAGGGUAAAUAAACUGGCGAGCCUUUUAGCGUUAGUCAGUUUCCCUGCAGCAAAGGGACCAGGAGCCAUUUGAGUCCUGGGGCUCCCCACCCCAUUCCUCAGGGUGCUGGGCUGAGGGACGCUGUUUCUUCCCACCACCACCCAGGCCCUCAAGAGAAAAGUCACUUUCGUUCAUUCCAUGUUCACAAACUCCAGAAACUUCUAUGAGAGAGAGGAAGAUAGGGCUGGGGUCUUGGUCUUAUCUAAGACCUUGAGUCCACCUCAGUCUUUUCUGGCUGGUCCUGAAGGGCAGGGGUCCACUCAGUCCUGUCCAGGAACUACAGCCCUUGCUGGGUACGCCACGCUGGCAAAGAGGGGAAGGUGAAGCUUGUAGAGUUCACAGCCCACUCACUGAAAGGACCUUCCUAUUCUUUUCUCUCCACCCUUGCCUGUCCAAGACGGAGGGGUGAACAGCAGAGUAGAGAACGGGGAGGAAGCUCAUGAGUCAAAGAUUCCUCUGUGCCAAGAAACACAAAGACUUUGGUGAGGUGACUCUCAGCCCAGUUAUCUUCUUUGGCAGCCACCAAUAUGUUGUGUCUUCGUCUUCCAGGUCCUAGUUCAAGAACAGCAGAAUAGGGCUCCUGGGCUCCACACACAGGUGUUUGGUUUGCUACUGACAAGUGUAGAGGCUACUCAAAGCUUGAAGUAAGAGCAAGGAGGCCCAGGUGACUUUUUGGGAUGGUUGGGGAAAGUCUGUUAAAAAAUUACAUCACAGGCUUGAACUAUUUUAGGGACCUUUCCAGCCUAUUGGAUCAUAGACUGAGGAUCUGUGCGUGGUGCCGGAUGAAACCCAAGUCUUCCCAGUGCUAGAAGAGAGAGGGCUCAUCUUGGGUUAUUUGUAUGGGGUCUGCUAUCCUUUAUCAUCUCCUGGACCAUAUUGCCUCUUGGGACAAGCAGUGAUUAGGUCUGUCCUCACACUUCUCUAACCAUUAUCAUUCUUAUUUUCAGACCUGUUAGUAGUUAUCUCCCAGCCAUGUCCCUGGCAUCCCGAAGUGAAUAGAGCUGAGAGAGGGGACAAGAGUGGCUACUGCAGCAGCGUUCCAGGGUAGAUGCUGAUGAGUUACUCAACUUGGACUGUGAAGUCUUCCCAUUUAUUUUUGAAAUGGGAGCUGAUGCCUUUUGUAUAAUGUUAUAGAAAUGUAUUUUUUCCCCUUUCCUCAAACAUAGAACAUCAAAAUAAGUAUCACAAGUGAAAGCCAAACCACAGCUUUUCAUUGGGGCUGAUACCUUCCUCCCCUGUGACCUGCUGCUCAUAUCCCCAGCAUUUGGACUGUGUCACAUGGGUAUUGAUUAUUUUCAUUUUCUUGGCCUCAUGGGAAAAGGCCUCAGUCUAGAUCUAGUUAGAUGCAUUUUCUUCAGCGCAUGUUGGUGACACGGUACUUAUUUAAAUGUCUUUUGCCUUAUACAUAUUUCGUCCCUCUGUUAAUAACAGAUUUAUUAUCAUGUAUAUUUACUAUUGAAGAAUGGGAAUGUGAUCCUCAUAGUUAUUGAUCUAUUUUGUAUGUUGUAAAAAGCUUGUAAUAUAGAUUGAAGGUGGGCUGGCUGCAAGAGCACUACAACUUCUCACCUUUUAAAUGGCUUUUUAUCUGUUUAUGGCAAUGUUGUCUCUUCCAUGGGAGAUGGGUGGUCUCAUGUUGAGGCUAUUGCCCAGUCCCAUUAACCCCUUCUCCCCUCCCAGAAGGAGGAGGCAUUGCCCAACUAAGCAGGAAGCUGUGUUAAAAGCCCUUGUGUGGGUUUGAUUUCAUGAUGUUUUUCUCUAGGGGGGAAAACUUAAUACUAUAGUUGUUUCUUACCGCCCUUUCUGGGAAGUAGGGCAGUGGCCUCCAGGUUUUUAAAUGAGCUUAGAUGCCCUCCUUCCCCCUCUUCUCUGGUCACCAAACCUGGAUCAAAGCACUUGGAUAUUCUAGGUGUGGUUUUCUCUGUCAUGGGGAUUUCCUCCAGCAGCAGAGCCCUAUCAUUUUCCCAGCCUGGUUGCACAGAGAGAGGGUCGAGGGCUACCCCACCCAGUGGAUGUGAAGCUGCUGUCUCCAGAAAUUCAUCCCAGUCCUUCCAGCUGGCAAAGGCAGAGAGACUAGCCACUGCCCAUUGCACUGGGGGCACCCCCUCACCCCAUAGUUUCCCAACUUGAAACCCAGAUUUACCUCCAGGGAGAGGUGAGGAAAAUUGUAAAUAGACUUGCUACAGAGCAACUCAGGUUGGGGUGUGUUUUAAUUCUCCUGAUCACUUGAAAUAAUCUGUAGGCUGAGUGCUUAUGGGAGUGGGGGAGAAGAGUGGCUCCAGGGUCUGCUGCGGAGCUCUGGGGGUGGAGUGUAGGGCAUCUGAGGCCCUUUUGAUGGCACUACACUGAGCUGUCUGUCCUUCUGGAAACCCAACCUACAAUCAACCACAGAUCAAAUUCUUCACAUUCCAGUUGUAGUUUCUUUCCCUAUUAAAUCUCAGUCCCUGGCUAUGUAGUUAGGGUAGCUUUCCCUAAACUUAGGGAGUGGAAGGCAUUACAACUCUGCCUUCAAGACUCAUCAAAAUGAAACAAAACUACAACCACCUUCAAAACACACACACACAAAAAAAGAAUAACUGUUUAACUGAAGGAAGGGUUUGGUUCCAUUCGACUCCACGUUCAUUGUGCCUUUACUUGUGUUAGAUUUCUGUGCUUUCUUCCUCUCUCCCUCUUUGAAGCAAUUAAAAUCUUCCUUGAUAACUGCUGUUUCCUUCUUUCUACUCUUGUUUCUGACAUCAGUGGGUUCCCUAAUUGUCUUAAAUCUCAUUUUACUGAUGGCAGAGGGGCCAAGCCUACUUUUCUCAUAUCUAUCUUUCGUCAUUUCCCAACACUACCAGCAUGGAAGUCAGUCAACACUGAAUAAAAGACUAGAAUGCAUGUGUGAAGAGCGUGAGUGUGUAUAUGUGUGUCGGUUUUCUUUUAAAAAAUAAUUUAUUGUGUGAUUUAUUUUGGAGUUGUAUUCUGAUUAUAGUGCUCCCUCUCCCAAUUAGCAUUGAUUUUUUUUCCAACCCCCUAAAAAAUGUAUAAUCUGGUCUCAGGUUGGAUUCUUCGGUACAUUUGUUUCUCCUGGAUGCCGUGCGGUUUAAUUAAACAUUGCUUACAAACAAAACCAAAAA